AUGCCAGAAAGUUUCAAAGAGCAAGCGCAGCCAAAGAAAAAAGAGAAGCGUUUGAAGAAAUUCUCUGCAAUAAACAAAGUAAAGUAUGACGAGAGAAAGUACCAGACUCCCAUCGUUAUGCGGUCGUACGGGGUGGACUCGCCGCCCCCGCUUGUCGUUAUUUUUGGGCCACCAUCAUCUGGAAAGACGCUUUUCAUGAACUCUGUUGUGCGCUGCUACAGCAAGCAGAAGAUAGAAAAAAUCAACGGGCUUGUCACGCUUACUGCUGCAAAGUCCAGAAGGCUCAGCUUCUACGAGUGUCCUGCUGAUCUUCCUGUGAUGGCAGACACGGCAAAGGUUGCUGAUCUGGUGAUUCUCAUUAUAGACGCCCAGGUCGGCCUGGAGAUAGAAACCUUCGAAAUGCUCAACCUUCUGAAGACGCACGGGUUUCCCAAACUGCUUUGCGUAGUCACCAAGCUGGACACGGUCAAGGGCGUCUCCCAGCAGAGGGCCACAAUGAAAAAGCUGAAGAGGCGGCUGUGGCUGGAGGUGUGCGACGGAAUAAAGGUUCUCCCCAUGUCGAAGACUGUUGGCGGAAGGUACUUGGACAAAGACGUGCUGAACGCGUCAAGACACAUCUCGCAAAUGAAGUACCGGCCCUUUGAGUGGAGGGCGUCGCAUCCGUACAUUGUCGCUGACCAGGUUGCAGUUGAGGAGCAAGCAGAAGAAAUCGCGCAUGUCCCCGAGGGAAUGAAGAUAUUCUCGCUCUCAGGGUACGUGCGGGGCGGAACCGCCCUGAAGAAGGGCACUGUUUUCCACCUGCCUGGGAUUGGAGACUAUCCGGCCCAGAGCAUGCAGGUGGUCAACGAUCCGUGCCCGCUGAAGAAUGAGCAGAAGAAGAAGCUUAGCGAAAGAAAAAAGCCGCUGUACGCCCCAAUGAGUGACAUCCGGGGAAUGCUGGUGGAAAAGGACGCUGUAUAUUUAGACAUAAAGAAGCCAAAGGAAGAGGAAAAGCUUCCAGAGUACGGGAAUGCGCUGGCAGAAAAGCCCUUCUCUCUGUUUGGAGAGCCGUCUGGAAAAUUCACGAUCGAGCCAGAGGUGCCUGAAGGCGCGCCGGAGGAAGCACCGCAGGAAGUGCCUGAGAACUGUGUGACAGACAGCGAAGACUCGCUCGACGAGGAAAUGCGGGAAAAGCCUGGGAGCGCGCAGAGCACUGCCAUGUCCAUUGACUAUGUUUCAGACGAGGAAAGCGACCAUUUGGAUGAGGCGGCCGUUCGGAUGAUGUUCAAGACAAAAAAAGAGACAGAGGAGGACUACAUUGAAAGGUUUAACGACAGAUACAAAGAGGAGGAGAAGGACAGGCGGGACAUAUUUGCGCAGGAGAGAGAAAAGGUGAAGGAUGCCGAAGAGACCACGCACGCCCUGCUGGAAAAACACUCGGACAGCGCAAAGGAGCAUCUGGAGGGGGUUCCCCCUGGAAGGUACGUGAAGGUCCUUAUGCUGCUGCCUGCCGCUGUUGCCGACGUGUACACCCCCGAGAACAUAUUUAUUCUUGGCGCGAACAAGGAGGAAGAGCUGUCCAUGACGUUUGUGCAGGGAAGAGUGAAGAGGCACAAGUGGUUUAAGAAGACGCUCAAAACAAAGGAGGCGCACUAUGUGUCAAUGGGCUGGCGGAGGUUCCAGACGUGCCCAGUGUUUUCGAUGAAAGACGCAGUGCGAAACAGAAUGCUCAAGUACAUUCCGGACAGCAUGACGUGCAACAUUUCUUUCUAUGCGCCAACGCACCCGCCUGGCACAAGCUUCACAAUUCUGAGGAAGUUCGGAAAAGACAAAAACUUCCGGAUAGCAGCAAACGGCGUGCAGUCUGAAGUCGGCGGAAAGCCCCGAAUCAUGAAGAAGCUGAAGCUGAUUGGAUACCCUGAGAAAAUCAAGGGGCACACAGUCUUUGUCAAGGACAUGUUCCACACGCAGGAAGAGGCUGCCCGAUACGAGGGGGCAAUGCUGAAAACAGUGAGCGGCCUCAGAGGGCAAGUCAAAAAAGCCGGCGAAAAGGGGCAGUUCAGAGCCUCGUUUGAGGGCCAGAUACUGAUGAGCGAAAUAAUAUUCCUUCCGUGCUUCUUCCCGAUCACCCCGAUGAAGGUGUAUUUGAACGCGGAAAACUUUGCAGACUCCGGAGAAAUAAAGCUGCUGAAGGAAAUCCGGGAUGAGAAGGGAAUUUCUCUAAAGAGCAAGCCCAGCAGUGCGUACGGGGAGGUUGCAGAGCCCACCUUGCCGAAGGACAAGCCCAUUCCCUGGGCCAUACUGGAAAGAGCCCCGGUUUCUAUGCUGAAAAUGGAGGCAGAAAAAGAGGUAAUCACGGGCUCCACGGAGACCAUCCAGAAGCUGAAGCUUCUCCGCACGCUCUCAAGCAAGGUGCAGCAGAUGAAGGAGGAGAAGGAAAGACACAGGCAGGCCCGCAUACAGGAAAUCACGCAGGAGCGAGAGGCUUCCAGAAAGGAAACUGUGACCAAGAUGAAGGCAGACGCUAUGAUGCAGAGAAGACCAACAAACAAAAGGCACAAGAAAAAGAGCAAGCCAAAGAAGGCCGCCGCUUCAAGCAAGUAA